AUUACCUACGCACGAACAAAUGCCAUGUCUGUUUAGAUUCAGCGAGGUUUUCGAACAAGACAGAGUGAGUCUUUCGGAGGGUACAUUCAAUGUAGACUUACCAAAACAGUGAGAAUGUGUUUAUCUUCUUAUUGUAUUCAAUUUGGGAAGCAUCUAAAACAUCAUGCUCCUAAGCAUUACAAUACAAUAUUAUUAUUCUAAAAUUAAAAGGAUAAUUACAAAUUAUAAUUAAAGUGAAACUAUACAGAGCGCUUGAUAAACAUGGGAUGUAUAUAUUCAAUGAAAAGAAAAGAAGCCCUUCGGAAGAAUAAGACCUACCUACCUGCCAACACAGGGGAUGGAGACAGUAACGGGAACAGCCAGACUCCGACCCUUCCUGAGUUUACCGACUGUCAAAAAGACCUGGUAACCAAGUCGUGGACAGUUGUUAAAGAUGACAUGGACAAACUAGGCAUCAAUAUAUUUAUGAAACUGUUUGCGAGUCAUCCGGACGUACAGGACGUUUUUGCACCAUUUAGAGGCAUGAGCCCAGAAGACCUCAACGAGAGUAACCAGCUCCGCUCCCACGCCAUGCGGGUGAUGGGUACUGUGGACAAGUGCCUGAGCUGUAUAUACGAGUCAGAUAAAGUCGUAAAAAUCCUCCAAGAACUCGGCUCAAGACACGUGAUGUACACGGCAAAAGUCGACUAUAUGGACUUGAUCGGACCGCAGUUUAUCCUGGCAAUUCAGCCUGUUUUGGACGACGAAUGGACUCCGGAACUGGAACAGGCGUGGUCAGACCUUUUUAAGUUGAUAGCUUUCAUCAUGAAGGCAGCAAUGACCUUUUGAUGCAAACACGACAGUUGCAUGGUUAUUGUGAAAAUACUAAUCACCACGGCAGUACGGUGUUGUGAAUAGGUGUGGAUACUGAGACUUACCCUUAGUAAAGGAAAAAUAUCAUCAUACCUUCAAUAUUAACACUCCUAUUGAUGAACGUAUACCUUAGUUGCAUUCAUUUUCCGCAUAAUCUUCGGAAUACCGUAUGUGAUGACGACAAGUGGCAUCAUUGACGCAGACGAUGUUUAUACAAGGUACAAUUGUCUUCAAAGUGAUACGUUGAACAUUGUUGUUGGAUUAUAAUGAAUCAUUGCGAAUUAUUUACAGUUAGUGAGUGUAAAUACGAACAUUAAAUAUUUCAAAAUUUUCUUGAAUAUCAAGCAAACUACUGGUAUUGAUAACAAUGGUCUAUGAGAGACAAUGAAAGUUGGGCAAGAAAGAUAAUUUGUGAAGAAUGACCGACCUGUUCAAUCAAUGCUACUGGUCUGGUGAAUAAAAUACGUUUGUACCUGCUUUAGAGAGCAACUUCCUAUUGUGUUGCCACCAUUUCCAGCUACAUGUAAAUUUAUUUAAAAUCAUAUACAUGUAUGACCAAUUAUUAUCAAUAGGUAACAUGGACUCAUUAGUUGUAUUAUAAUCUUUGAUAUAUUUUUCGGUUAUUUCAAAUGUUUAAACGUUUGAAGUGGCAAGUGUAUAAUCAAUCCAUUUGUCGAUUUGGUAUUUGGUUUGGUUUGCAUUUUUAAGUUGUUUACGUGUUUGACAGCAAAAGAUAUUGCAAAAUAUUCAACAGUUUCUAGAUCGUGUC